GCGAGCGCGGCCGGAGGGUUUGGAGCAGGCGGGUCGGGAGGUGCGUGUCGCGGAGAAGAGAAGGAGCGGUGCGGCGUUGAGGGCGAUGGUCGGCGGUGGAGCAGCGCGGCGGAGCUGGGGGGCCGCGGUGCUGGUGCUGCAGGCGGCCUGGGCGCUGGUCGGCGGUCAGGUGCGCUACUCGGUGCCGGAGGAAGCCGAGGCCGGCACGGUGGUGGGGCGGCUGGCGCAGGACCUGGGCCUGGAGGCGGGCGAGGCGGAGGCGCGGCGGCUGCGCCUGGUGUCGCGGGGCCGGCGGGCGAGCGUGGAGGUGAGCGGGGCGAGCGGGGCGCUGGUGGUGAGCUCGCGGCUGGACCGGGAGGAGCUGUGCGGGAAGAGCGCGCCGUGCGCCCUGCGCCUGGAGGUGCUGCUGGACCGGCCGCUGCGCGUCUUCCACGUGGAGGUGGAGGUCACCGACAUCAACGACAAUGCGCCGCGCUUCCCCGCCGCCUCCAAAAACAUCAGCAUCGCGGAACUGUCGCUGCCUGGGUCGCGUUUUCCUCUGGAGGGCGCGUCGGAUGCAGAUAUCGGAUCGAAUGCGCAGCUCUCGUAUACACUGAGUCCCUCCGAGCACUUCACUCUGGAUGUGCAGCGAAGCGAGGAUCAUUUGGAAUCAUUAUUUUUGGUGCUGACGAACCCUCUGGACCGCGAGUCGCUGUCGGAGCACCGGCUGGUGGUGACGGCGAGUGACGGGGGCAGGCCGGCGCUGACGGGCACGGUGCAGCUGGUGAUCUCGGUGCUGGAUGCGAACGACAACGCGCCGCAGUUCAACCAGUCGGUGUAUAAAGUGCAGCUGCCGGAGGACGCGGCGGAGGGGACGCUGGUAGCGCGAGUGGCAGCCACGGAUCCGGACGAAGGACUUAACCAGGAGUUUUCCUACAGCAUCGUCGGUUCUGUUCCUGUGUCAGAGAGAGAUGUAUUCAGUAUUGAUCCUCGAAUGGGGGAGAUCCGGCUCCAGGAACUCCUAGAUUAUGAGGUCGUCCGUUUGCACGAGUUGCAAAUCGAGGCUGGAGAUAAGGGGACGCCUCCGUUGUCGGGCCACUGCAAGGUGGUGGUGGAGGUGCUGGACGUGAACGACAACGCGCCCGAGGUGUGG